UGCGCGGUGCGUCCGACGGUUGCUGUAGCUGGAAAGUUUGUAUCACUCUAUAUUUUGACGAAGAUAUCGCUCGAUAAUGUCGCAUCCUGCGGGAGACGGACUGUUUCGGACAUUUUUCCGGUAAAACGGACGGGAAACGGGGCGGGCAUGGCCGUAGCAGUCGCUCUGUACAUCCGAGCUGCCCUACGAGGGUCUGGGGUCAGUUUGUACCGAAGCUGAAUGGAGUUUCUGCCGUUGGACGCGGCGUCCUGGCCUAACCACCGUCGCUAGCAACACAUCCCCUGGAGAGACUGUUGACCAUGAAGCUGCCUCUGUAACAAGAGGAGACUUAUUCUCAGAUCUGGAUUGGCUCUAUCGAUAACCACCAGCAUGUCUGACCAAAACUACUACUGGACCGUGUUGCCAAGCUACAAAACUAGUUUUGUGACUGGGGCCAUGAUGAAAAGAUCGAAAAGUUCCCGUAACAACAAGAGAAGGAGUUUGGCGGUGGGGACCCCGUCGCCCACACUCUCACGACCGCUUUCACCUCUCCCACUUGCCACAGCUGGCAGUAGCCCUUCGGAAAGCCCCAGAAAUGUCUCUGCCAGCACCUCUGCCAACUUCCAGUUCGCACGUCUCCAACUGGCCCGCAGUGAAAGAGCGGAUGGGCGAAGAUGGUCUGUGGCGUCUGUUCCUUCAUCUGGAUACUGCACCAAUGCACCCAGUUCAUCAGUAUCUUCGUCUUCUUCCCAAGAGUUAUUGCACCAGUUGCCCUUCCAGCCCACGCAAGAUGAUCUCCACUUCCUCUUCAAACAUUUCCGUAGCACGGAGAGUGUGGCGGACGAAGAAGGAUCUCACCCCUCGCCCCCUGUCAGACUCCGAUCACGCAGUCUCAGCCCUGGACGGACCUGUGGAGUAUUUGAUAAUGAAAUUGUCAUGAUGAAUCAUGUCUACAAAGAACGCUUUCCGAAGGCGACAGCCCAGAUGGAGGGUCGGCUGCUCGACAUCAUUGCAGAGUGUUCCCCAGGCACUGCUCUGCCCUUGGCUGAUGGUGUGCUGGGAUUCAUUCAGCACCAGCUGCUGGAACUCGCCAGAGACUGCCUGGACAAGUCCCAGAACGGCCUGGUGACCUCCAGGUACUUUGUGGAGCUUCAAGAGAAACUGGAGAAGCUGCUACAUGAGGCGUAUGAGCGUUCAGAGAGCGAGGAGGUGACCAUCAUCACCAAACUGGUCAAGAAGAUUCUCAUCAUCAUCUCCAGGCCUGCCAGGCUGCUGGAGUGUCUGGAAUUUGAUCCGGAGGAGUUUUACCAGCGUUUGGAGGUUGCAGAGGGCCAGGCUAAGGUGGGCCAGGGCAUUAAGACUGAUAUUCCUAGAUACAUCAUCAGCCAGCUGGGUCUUACCAGGGAUCCUCUGGAAGAAGUGGUCCAUCUGGAGCAGACAAGUCCAAGUCACAGAGCAGCCAGCAGAGAGUCUGAUGAUGCUGUAGAGGCUUCACCUAUACAGAGCCGAGCAGCCUGCACCCCUCCUCGUAGAAAACCGCUGGAGAGCGACUUUGAGACUAUAAAGCUCAUUAGCAAUGGCGCCUAUGGGGCUGUAUUUCUGGUUCGCCACAAGGAGACCCGUCAACGUUUUGCCAUGAAGAAGAUCAACCGGCAGAACCUGAUUCUUAGGAACCAAAUCCAGCAGGUGUUUGUGGAGCGAGACAUCCUCACCUUUGCCGAAAACCCAUUUGUGGUUUCUAUGUUUUGCUCUUUUGAGACCCGGAGACACCUCUGCAUGGUCAUGGAGUAUGUGGAAGGUGGGGAUUGUGCGAACCUUUUGAAGAACAUUGGUCCUCUGCCUGUGGACAUGGCCAGGUUGUAUUUUGCAGAGACUGUCCUGGCCCUGGAGUACCUUCACAACUAUGGCAUCGUACACAGAGACCUCAAACCUGACAAUUUGUUAAUCACCUCCAUGGGACACAUUAAGCUGACAGACUUUGGUCUGUCAAAAAUCGGUCUUAUGAACAUGACGACCAACUUGUACGAAGGACACAUUGAAAAAGAUACCAGAGAAUUCAUCGACAAACAGGUGUGUGGCACUCCAGAGUAUAUUGCUCCAGAGGUGAUCUUGAGGCAGGGCUAUGGAAAGCCUGUGGACUGGUGGGCCAUGGGCAUUAUCCUGUAUGAGUUCCUAGUGGGCUGUGUGCCUUUCUUUGGAGACACACCAGAACAGCUCUUCGGUCAAGUGGUUAAUGAUGACAUCAUCUGGCCGGAAGGGGAAGACGCUCUGCCAGCUGAUGCUCAGGAUCUCAUCACCAGACUGCUGAGGCAGAGCCCUCUGGAGCGCCUGGGAACAGGUGGAACCACUGAGGUGAAGAUGCACACAUUCUUCCUGGGCCUGGACUGGAACGGCCUCCUCAGGCAGAAAGCUGAGUUCAUACCUCAACUGGAGACUGAGGACGACACCAGUUACUUUGACACCCGAUCAGAGCGCUACUGUCAUCUGGGCUCAGAUGAAGACGAUGAAACCAACGAUGAUGAAUCAUCUCUGGAGCUUCGACAGUUCUCUUCUGUAGCCCACCGCUUUAGCAAGGUGUACAGCAGCACAGAGCACCUGUCCACCUCCACACCGUCCAACCAGAGCCUGUCGUCAUCAGAGCGAAGCCACAGCGAGGAGAAGGAGGAGCGCUGGGAGGGCAGGGGAGUCCUUUCCCCUGGCGACGGACACAAGCACUUGGCUAGUGGAGACAGGAGGGCAGAUGGGCACAGGGGGAGUCUCCGUCCCCGUGCAUCCUCCAGUUCCUCCCAGUCGGAGCGCAGUGCCAGCCCUCUGGUGAUGAACAGCACGCAGAGCCUGGACAUCAUGCCUCGCUUUGCCAUCGCUGCAGAUGAAGAGGAUGGGAUGGUUUCUAACCUACGACGCAUUCGUCUCCGGAGCAACAGCACCGGCACGAGGCCGUCGUUCCGGAGAGGGGCGUCCAGACGAAUCGCACACCAACUGGAGACCCCAGAAAAGCCCAGAUCCCCGGCCGGAAAGGUCCCCAAGUCUGCAUCAGUCUCUGGCCUUUCUCUCAUUAUUACCCCAGACGACUCAGCUGGUCCUCCAACGAGCCCCAAAUCCUCUUUGUCCCUGUCGUCCAACCCGUCAUCCAGAGACUCGUCUCCCAGCCGCGACCUGUCUGUCAGCAUCAGCAGCCUCAGGCCUCCUGUGGUCAUCCACAGCUCUGGGAAGAGGUUUGGUUUUGCGCUUCGAGCUAUCAGAGUCUACAUGGGAGACAGUGACGUCUACACUGUUCAUCACAUGGUCUGGUGUGUUGAGGACGGCAGCCCUGCACACGAGGCAGGAUUGAGGGCAGGUGAUCUCAUCACUCACGUCAACGGGGAGUCGGUCCAAGGACUCGUACACACUGAGGUGGUGGAGCUCCUGCUCAAGAGUGGCAACAGGGUGACCCUGCAAACGACCGCGCUUGAGAACACCUCUAUCAAGGUGGGACCUGCUAGAAAGGCGAGCUACAAGGCUAAGAUGGCCCGACGAAGCAAGAAGAGCAAGAGGAAGGAUGGACAGGACAGCAGGCGACGUAGCAUCUUGAAGAAGCUGUCUAAGCAUACUCCUCCUCCACCCAUGCAGAGCAGUCGUAGCUUCUCUUCAGGCUUCCACCAGUCAUCCAGCGACAGCCUCUCUGGUUCCCCGACACAAAGUCUCUCUCCUGGGCCUUCUACUCCGUGUCGCUCCCCUGCUCCUGACCACUCUGGAGAUUCAAGUUCUUCUCCCUGCUCCAGCUCUCCUAACUCACCUGUACCGCAGGCUCGUCCCAGCUCCCUUCACGUCUUGGGUCGCUACACGAAAGCCGGUCGCUGCAAGUCCACCAGCAGCAUCCCCCCUUCCCCUCUGGCCUGUAUCCCCCCACCCCAGCCUCUCUCCCCCCAGUGCUCUCCAUCCUGUCUCCCGAGUCACCCCAAAUCCUUACAGGGUUUCCACGGCAAGACGUUGUCCCCUCCCACUAUUGCCCGGCAUUCUGUGCGUCCCCGGAGUGCAGAACCGCCACGCUCACCAUUACUCAAGAGGGUCCAGUCCGCAGAGAAGCUGACGGGAGACAAGUCGACGGGGGGUUACCAUGGAGAUAGGAAGGCUUACAGCACCCGCCGCCACACCAUGGAGGUGCCUCUGUCUGAGAGCGAGGGACUGGAGGACGUAGAAGGGGACACCGCCACAGGGUUCGUCUGUGUCGGCGAGCACGGUCGCCAGGGGCUGUACAUCGGAGGGCAGAGAGGCCACCAGGACACCGCCAGCGGAGGCAACGACUACCAUCGUCCUACCGCCUCUCCUCAACACCGCGGCGGCAACCACCAUUCAAAAGAGGUGGUGGUGAUGAGGAAGCUGGCUCUGUCAGAGCGCAGGGACUCCUUCAAAAAGCAAGAGGCCGUGCAGGAGGUGAGCUUCGAUGACUUAGAUGAGAGAGAGGCGAUGCCGAGCCCCAUGGUUCCCAUCGUGCAGCCAAAGGCAUUCAAGGCGUCCUGGAUCAACUCGACCCAAUCAGAAUCCAGUGUGAAGCUGGGAGGAAGAGGAUCACAGGGUACCACUCUGCAGAAAGCCAAGUCAAAAGACAAAGAAGGGUUCUAGUGUUUCUGCCAGGGAUAACAGGUCAACAAAGUGAAGUCUGUGACCUGAUACUGUUCGUACAUAUGAAGGCCUCGCAUGUGUCCAGAAAACUGUGACCAAGUCCCACAUCAUCUCAAGCAACUGCUUGAAGACAGAAGAAAAAAAACAAAAUCUACGUUUGUCAGUAAUACCUGCAUCCUGCAACACUGUUAACAGAAUGACUGCCAAACUACGUUUACUUCCAAGUUGCUUGUUUGGUUCUCAAAUCACUGUGGCACCUGUAACUGAUGUAUUUUGUAAAUAGUUUUUGUUUUAAAUGAAGGAACUUAUUUAUGACUUUUUAUGCUCAUCUUGUUUUUUGGUUGCUAAAAACACCUUGGAUUCUUCAGCCGUUCUUUUUUCAGGAAUUGCCCGAGAGAGAAGUGGUCUCAUGGUUGGUGCGGAAAGGAAACGUGAUUUUAGUCAAUAUUGUAACAUGUUACUUUUUUUAUACCUGUGUGUGUGUGUGUGUGUGUGUGUGUGUGUGUGUGUGUGUGUGUGUGUGUGUGUGUGUGUGUGUGUGUGUGUGUGUGUGUGUGUGUGUGUGUGUGUGUGUGUGUGUGUGUGUGUGUGUGUGUGUGUGUGUGUGUGUGUGUGUGUGUGUGUGUGUGUGUGUGUGUGUGUGUGUGUGUGUGUGUGUGUGUGUACUGGGUGUUGUUUAGUGUUCAGGUUGGCUUUUUGAAACAAACUUCCAGUGUUCGUUCUGCACCGUACGUACUAUAGAAUUUCACAGCAUACUCUUUGCUGCCUGUCCGAAGACACUUAUCAUACAGAUCAUGGUGGUGACCGUUUGGACUAAUUGUUCCUGAAACACAGGGCAUGUAUGAAAUCUUUCAAGGACAAAAAUAUCAGCAUUACAAUACUUGGGAGUCUAGCGGUGGUGCCAAAGCAUGGUUUAGCCAUAGGAACCAUUUAAAAAGAGGUACUGUAGUUGUACACAAGAAGCUUCAUGUAUGCAUGGGCUCUACGGCCACUUGCUGUCCUGUCCUGUAUAACAGUGCUGACACUCCUCUAGCAGUUGUAUAAAUCCUAACCUGAUCGCCACACAGGUGUGUAGAUAAAGCUUUGUGACUACCUUCAGAAACCACGCUGUCAUGUCUGUCUUCUGAUCCCUUGUUGAAUCGAACCUCCGUCCCCUCCUAACAAACCUAGUCUAGCUUAGGUCGUAGUAGCCGUGUGACAGUUAGAAUACAGUUAUACUUCAGGAUCUGUUCUCUGUGGGAUUCAAAAAUUGUACAGUGGAUGCAACAAACAAACCUGGCUCACUUGGCUGUUUUUUUAUAUAUGUAUUAUGAAUGAAUGUUUACAUUUUAGUGCAAAUAUGUGUGUGGACUUGUCAUGGUUUUUGUUAAAUUAUUAUGGGAACAAAAAAAAAAAAAGAAUGACCGCGAGUGGCAGAAUUCAACCAGAAGCCCUGAGUGGAUGAAGGAAUGAGUAAAAGGUGAUCUCCUUUUGUAUAUUUUGAUAUGGAAACAGUCUUGUUGCAGUACUAAUAACCUAUGCUGUUGACGUAUAUUGUAUAAACAAUGGUGGACCUUAUAACAGCUGUCAGUGAUGUUUUUUGAAAGUGACCUUGUAAGGAUAGAUGGACUCAGAUAAAAUGUCGCUUAAGUGGCAUGGUCUUAAUCCCCCCGUUGCAAUCAGCUUUGAAGGAUUGUGCAUGUUUUUACAUCCCAUUACAACAUUUCCGCAGCUUUGUAACGCGCUUGGGGAUCUCGGAAGUUAUUAAUCUUCUCGGACGGGCCUCGGAUUGUUGGGUUUGAAUCGUUGAUUUGAGCUUCAAAAUUAGUUUUGCGAUGAGAUGUGAACAUAUGGGGUUUGGUUUUCAGUUUUGUAUUCUUUCGUUUGUAUUUUUUUUUUCCGUUGUUUUAAUCCAGGAACUGUUCAGAUCAGCAAGUACAAAUGCUUCCAGUCUUAUUUCAGUUUACUGCCUUGUGAAGACUCACAUCUGUGUUUUGUCAAGGGAGAUCUAAAUAUGUAAUCCAUAAUGGAAAGUUAGCGCAUACGGAGUUAUGGGAAAGUUUGAAUUGAUUUUUCACUCUACUUUGGGACAAAAAUAUGUAUGUGUGUGGGAUUUGUCACAGUAUUUCUGAUGCAAUAUACAGUUUGAUACAUUCUUUGUUUUUGCAGCGACCACCACAGCGUCAUAGUAUCUCCUGAACUUGUUUCAUCACCGUAUUUCUCUGUAAAUCAGGAGGUAAAUUGGUGGCGAUCUCAGCAGCAGUCCAUGCUAAUUUAUCAUCUCGCAUAAAACAAAAGCAUCACAAGGACCUCCUCAUCUCUGCCUUUGUGUGCACUGUCUGUGCGAUACACUCCCACUUCUUCACGCCGGUGCUCAGCUUCCGUCUUCCACAUUUUCCACGUGUGUUUGUGUAUGAAAUCUGUUGCUCCACACUCAGCCCUCUUGACCCCAAGUGACCAACUGGCCUUUGUGAAAUGCCUACCAUGUGGGUAACUGGUGCAGACUGGUGUGACUUUGUUUUUCUCUUGUCUUAACAGUGCUUGAAAUAAAUGAAUUGCAGAGGACUGGAGAGUUCACUCAUACCAA